CUCUCUCUCUCUCUUUCUCGCUGUUCCUUGCCUCCCAUUUUCCCACUUUCUUGCCAAUUUUCCGUCCUCCCUCCGGUAUUCUUGACUUUUUUUUUCGCUUUCGCUUUCCCUCUUGACUUUCUUACCGCUUGGUGGUGAAACGCGUCGCAGUGGCACGAUCGUCAUCGACGAAAAAAGAAGAAUCUAUAUACUGUACACCGCGACACACAUUCGAGUUCGCGCUCAGUCAAUAGCAGCUGCAUCCUUUGAAAUUUCAAAAGAGUCACAAAUACAAAAGCGUCGCACGGCCGUGGGAGACGCAUCGCGAUCGAAUAUCAAAAUAUCGACCGGCGAUCAAACUAAACCGGAAGGGAACUGCCUUACAACCGUGAUACGAUGCUGUUACGAGGAUUUUGAAGGAGAAACCUCAAAAUCGAGCAAGCAGUAUUAUUAUGAGCGUUACCCGUACCUUUGUUAUUUAUUGUUAUCAACCGAAGAGAUUCUCACAGAAGGAACGUGCAUGAAUCGUCGAGCCUCCCAAGUCGGCGAAGAAAAAAGAGGAGAAAGAAACGGAAACGUGGUACAGCCCUGCGUAGGAAAUCGCAACGAUGAAACGUACAAAUUUCGGUGAGCCGAGGAACCAAAGAUUCCAAUGAUACCUUCGCAAGGUGGCCGUGAGGGAUAUAAAGGUUCUCCCAACCCUCCGAGCAACGGCUCUGAGGACAAUGGCUUCGCUAAUCGACCUCGAGUGGCGGGCCUUUACGCGACGAAUCUCUUCAGAGAAGAGCUCGUUCGAUUCUCGUCAGGAGAGACCACUCGAUCUCAUGGUCCCACGCGAGAUAUUCUUGAGAGAUCGCCACGAGAGAUUGGCAGCCAGAGAAGUUUAAAUCUCCCUGCGGGCAUUGCCGAGGAAUUCGAGCUGUUGGACCGCUCGAGGAUCGGGAUUUCGAGAACGCCUCAACCGUUGAGAAGAGGCGAGGCCUCGACCGCUGCUCAUUACGAGCCUAGAUCCAGAUUCGACGAGUCCACCGCCAGGCGAAGAGAUCAUUAUGGAUCGCCACCUAUCGAAAGAAUCGGUGGAAGGGGACACGAGCAACAGGAUCGCUCCGCGUCCAGCACCAUUCGAGGAUCCCUGCUCGAGUUUCCGCGGUCCGAACAAACGAUAUGGAUGGAGCCAACUAUCGACGAUUCUAACAUACAUGUUUCAACUGGCGAUCUUGUUGGCAGGAGAGAGCUGGACGACAGUUCGACGUUUGCUACCACUUCCGCCUCGAUACUCAUAUCGCCAGCGAGUGAGACCAGCGAGUGCGACGCGAUCUCACCGCCAGAAGUGGAGAAAUCAUCACCGCCACCGUAUACGGGCCUUAGUCCGCCGGAUUACACCGGCCAGGAUUACGAGAACAGUGAAACACCGUCGCCGAUUUUUCCGAAUUAUCCAUUGACGUCGUACGCGGAGGAAACACGUCACAGGCGUUCGAGAUCGUCCGUCUCGAACGGCGAGCUCGAGUUCGCUCUGCGCGGCGAACGUUUGAAGACCGAGGAUCGAUUCGAGUCGGAGCCGGAGGAAGAGACCGGCAGAUCGAGACGAACUACGUCCGAGCAUCACGAAACGAAUCCGGAGAAAACGGCGAACGAUGAGGCCUUAAGAUCCGCCAGAGAUGUCGCGAGGCUACGACCUCCUUUGACAGCGGUGGCUGGCGCUUCGGCCGAUUCGGGGACCGGUGAUUCUGGAAGCGCAGAGAUUCAAGUCGAUCCACUCGGUACUCCCAGAACAACCACCGCCGGUGAAAUCUUAAACGGAAGGGACGGCGGUGAUAACGGCCAGGCCGCCGGUAAAUCGUCGAUGAAAACCCCCACGGGGAACAACAAGCAAACGGUGAAACUCUUUACAAAAGAAAGUCUCGACAGGUUGGAAAACAGGACCGUGCAGCUCGUUAGAGAUUAUGGCUUUCAGCCGAAAAGACGAAUGUCUGUCGAGGAUGGCGCGGUGCUUCCAAACAAGUACGAACCAUUUCCAACCGAACUUUAUGGUAGGCCCCUCGAGGAAAUCGACAAUUUCAUUUACGACGAGACGUUUUGCGUAGUGUCGAAAAGAUUUCGUAAAAAUUACAUUCACCGAUUCACGGCGACAAACAGUUGGUUCAUAUUCUCCCCAUGGAAUCCUAUAAGGCGGUACUGUAUUUACUUAAGCACGAACCAGUACUUCGAUUACAUAGUCAUGGCUACGAUAAUAUUAAAUUGUGCCUUCCUCGCCAUGACGGAAACUAUCGAGGAAGCCGAAUACAUAUUCCUAGCGAUAUACACGGCCGAAAUGGUGAUCAAGUCGAUAGCCAAGGGAUUUGUGCUCAAUAAAUACACUUACUUGCGAAAUCCAUGGAACUGGCUGGAUUUCGUGGUGAUUACCAGUGGUUAUGCGACUAUAGGGAUGGAAGUAGGAAAUUUAGCUGGCUUGAGAACAUUCCGAGUGUUGAGAGCUCUCAAAACUGUUUCGAUCAUGCCUGGCUUAAAGACCAUCAUCAACGCAUUAUUACAUAGUUUUAAGCAACUUGCCGAAGUAAUGACGCUCACGAUCUUUUGCCUGAUGGUUUUUGCACUUUUUGCUCUACAAGUCUACAUGGGUGAACUGCGGAAUAAAUGUGUAAAGAAGAAUUUGGAAUUCAACAACACGCAGGUCGAUUGGAAAGAACAUUGCAACGAAAGUUACAUCUGCCUUUGCGUUGGCCCGAAUCCAAACCACGGGUAUACAAAUUUCGACAAUUUUCUGUGGUCGAUGCUCACCACGUUUCAGCUGAUUACUUUGGAUUAUUGGGAAGACGUCUACAAUAAGGAACGAAGGAAAGACUUAACCGACCAUCGCGAGGACUCGACGUUUAGUUUCGACCCGACAAAGAUCAAUGUGAAGACGCUUGCCAAAGAGAAGCAGAAGAAAUUAGACGCGAGGAAAGGAGUUCUUCUAAGUAGUUACACGCGCAAGAAAACACGAAGGCGAAGACGUGGGAGAAGCACUGCCGGUUCUGGUUCGUCUGGUCAGGAUAAAAGUGGCUCUGUGCCAAGCAGGUCGGUAACACCAAGCCCGAACCCAAGUCCAAGACAUUCGACCGUUCGACCGUCUCAUUUACUUCUGCAAAAUGUCAGUCCACGAACCACGGAGAACAACGGGGUUCACAGAUUGGCGCCGAAUCGCGGAAUGCUUCAUUCGCGACAGGCGAGUAACAACAGCAAUCAACAAUCGUCCUUAGACGACUCGGGAGUUGUCGACGAUCACGACGGCGACGACGUCACGUCCGUGGAGGAACACGAUAGGCGCGACAACAAAGAGUCUAGAGCCAAUUGGCAAGAGAGGGCGCCUGCCAACAAUAACGCCGAUAACGCCAGUGUUGAAACGAACGCGGGUGGAACGAAAAACGAAGUGAACAAUGAGACAGAAGCCGACAACGAACGAGAAAAGUCGCAGGCAACGCAUUCCAGCGGAUAUCUUCGUGCGCCUACGAACGUUCCUGUUUCCCUUGCUGGUGGAACUGCUAGAGAGAUUCGAGUGUUCAAAUGCAAUGGCGUAAAAACAAAGAAACAAAUGUACACCUUGCCGCCAGAGUAUUUAUCGCACAUUGUUAUUUUAGGUAGUGAGAGAUCCACUAUUCGAGUUGACGAUCACACUGUGCAUCGUCCUGAAUACCGGCUUUCUGGCGAUGGAGCAUCACGGGAUGAGCGAGUCGAUACGGCAGGCGCUCAACAUCGGUAAUAAAGUGUUUACCAGUAUCUUCACCUUCGAAUGCUUGCUGAAGCUGUUGGCGCUGAGCAAAGAUUUCUUCGCCAAUGGAUGGAACAAUUUCGAUUUGAUAAUAGUGUCAGCGUCUCUGAUAGAUCUUACCUUCGAGCUGGUAGACGGCCUGUCCGUGAUACGCGGACUGAGGCUUCUACGUGUGUUAAAACUGGCACAAUCUUGGACGACCAUGAAGGUUCUUCUGAGUAUUAUUAUAUCGACAAUCGGCGCCCUUGGGAAUCUCACCUUAGUUCUGGUGAUUGUGAUCUAUAUAUUCGCCGUGAUCGGCAUGCAGUUGUUCAGUAAGGACUACACUUUGGACAAGUUUUACCCGGACCCGGUUCCACGGUGGAACUUCAACGAUUUCUUUCACUCGUUCAUGAUGAUAUUUCGUAUACUUUGCGGUGAAUGGAUCGAGCCGCUGUGGGACUGCAUGCGGGCCGAGCAAGAGGACGGGCCCGAGGCUUGCUUCGCCAUAUUUUUACCGGCUCUCGUAAUGGGUAACUUCAUGGUGUUGAAUCUUUUUCUUGCCUUGCUGCUCAACAGCUUCAAUUCGGAGGAGUUGAAGCAGAAGAAGGAGGAGGUCGGCGAGGAGUCGAAGCUCGCUAGGUCGUUCGAUCGUAUCCGUUCGAUCAUACGGAAGAACAAAUGCUCACGGCUGACGCAGGCCGCCGCCAGAGGCAAAGGCAGAGGAGAUCCCCGUUUCGAGAAGAUCGUGCGGCGUGUAAUAGACCGAUCUGACAACGAGACUAAAUACGCCAUUCAAGAGACUGUACUCAGCCUUCCAACAGACAACGUUUACAAUAGAUCUUACCAAGAAAGUUUAAAUCAGCCCGUUUUUACUUACGAUCCGGUAUACUCUCAAUCUCAGACGGAAGAACAGAAGUACGAGCAAUGGGAGAAGGACGGUGAAGAGAAAGACGGUGACUCGCCCUGCGACGAGAACAAUUAUUCCACCGAGGCGAAGGAGAUCGAAACGAACGGAAGCAAGGAGGAGGAUUGUCCAGGAGAACCACCGGAGCUGGUAAAAGGCUCGUCCUCGGACAAAGCACCCGCGGAGGAAAGUGUCGCGAUGCUACCUCAGAGGGAUCCGUUUCCUGCCCGGCAUGAGGAUCGGGUGCCAAAACGACCAUGGCAUGCGCUCGUCAGCUACGUGGACGAGCUGACAGUCGGUGGUAGAAGGGACAGCAAAGGGAAAUACAUCGACGGCAUGGGUUCUUUCCCAGGUUUUGGAAGGAGUAAUCGCCGCAAAGAACCGCAAGACUGCUUCCCCCGGCAGUGUUACCAGAAGUGUACCUGUAUCGAUCGGUGUAUCGCGACGGCUAUCGGGAAAAAGUGGAUUAAAAUGCGAACGAUGAUACUGUCAGUCGUCGAUACGCCCGGCUUCGAAUGGAUGAUCCUAGUUUUAAUUUUCGCAUCUUCCAUAACGCUUUGUUUCGAGGAUAUUUAUCUAGACGAUAAUCCAUUUUUGAAGAAAAUCCUCUAUUGGACCAAUCUUGGCUUCUGUGCGCUUUUCAGCAUCGAGAUGCUGCUCAAGUGGUUAGCUCUGGGUUUCUGCAAAUAUUUCACCAGUUUUUGGACAAUCUUGGAUUUUAUAAUUGUCUUUGUGUCGACAUUUAGUCUGUUGAUAGAGGAGAACGAAAAUUUGAAAGUGCUAAGAUCACUGAGAACUUUGCGAGCACUGAGACCACUGAGAGCGAUAUCGAGAUGGCAAGGCAUGAGGAUCGUAGUGAACGCGUUGAUGUAUGCGAUACCUAGUAUAUUCAACGUGCUCCUCGUCUGUCUCGUGUUCUGGCUGAUAUUUUCUAUUAUGGGUGUGCAAUUUUUUGGCGGCAAGUUUUUCAAAUGCGUUGACGAGUACGGUGAAUUGUUGGAUAUAUCGAUCGUAAACACGAAAGACGACUGUCUGAGGAAGAAUUACUCUUGGGAGAACAGUAAAAUUACGUUCGAUCACGUUGGGAUAGCUUACCUAGCUCUGUUUCAAGUAGCUACCUUCGAAGGGUGGAUGGAAGUGAUGCAGGACGCAGUGGACGCGAGAGGCGUCGAUCUUCAACCUCAGAGAGAAGCGAACAUCUACGCAUAUUUCUACUUUGUGAUAUUUAUCGUUUGCGGCUCCUUUUUUACACUGAAUCUCUUUAUCGGAGUAAUUAUAGACAACUUUAACAUGUUGAAGAAAAAGUACGAAGGUGGGGUGCUAGAAAUGUUUUUGACCGAAAGUCAAAAACACUACUACACUGCCAUGAAAAAACUCGGCCGUAAAAAGCCGCAAAAAGUGAUAAAGCGUCCGAUGAAUCAAAUCCUCGCAAUGUUUUACGACCUAUCGAAUUCACGCAGAUUCGAAAUAGCAAUUUUCAUUUUGAUAUUUCUCAACAUGCUGACAAUGGGAAUCGAGCAUUACGAUCAGCCUCAUCCGAUUUUCUUCGUUCUCGAAGUGUCCAACGCAUUUUUCACGACCGUUUUCGGGUUAGAGGCAAUCGUGAAAAUAAUUGGGCUCCGUUAUCAUUAUUUCACGGUGCCAUGGAACUUGUUCGAUUUCCUCCUUGUGCUGGCUUCGAUAUUAGGAAUAUUAAUGGAGGACAUUAUGGUAGACUUUCCGGUGUCCCCGACGCUCCUGCGAGUCGUGAGAGUGUUCAGAAUCGGUAGAAUCUUAAGGCUGAUAAAAGCAGCUAAAGGUAUUCGUAAACUGCUGUUCGCUCUGGUGGUUAGUCUUCCGGCGCUGUUCAACAUCGGUGCCCUGUUAGCUCUAAUUACUUUCAUUUACGCCAUUAUUGGCAUGUCAGUCUUUGGUCAUGUUAAAAAGCAAGGCGCACUCGACGACAUGGUAAAUUUCGAAACCUUUGGUAGAAGCAUGCAAUUACUGUUUCGAUUAAUGACGUCGGCCGGUUGGAACGAUGUGUUAGAGUCGUUGAUGGUGCAACCACCGGAUUGCGAUCCGACUCCAACCAGUCGGCAGAUGAACGGAAACUGCGGAUACCCUCUCUUGGCAAUAACCUAUUUCACUUCUUUCAUCAUAAUCAGCUACAUGAUUGUUAUCAAUAUGUACAUUGCUAUUAUCCUCGAGAACUUUAAUCAGGCCCAUCAGGAAGAGGAGAUCGCAAGCCUGGACCCGCCAUUGGGAAUCUCGAAGCCGAAUAUGGUUGCGUUAGUUAGUUUUAAUCUUCCUAUCGCAAAGGGUAAUAAGAUUCAUUGUCUGGACAUUCUGCACGCACUUGUCAAGCACGUCCUCGGGCACGUAGAGGAGUCUGAAGAUUUUCGAAAGCUGCAGGAACAGAUGGAUAUUAAGUUUAAGAAACAAUUUCCCACGCGUAAAGAACUUGAAAUUGUCUCUUCGACGAGAAUGUGGAAACGUCAGGAUAAAGCAGCUAGGCUGAUUCAACGCACGAUCAGAGAAUACGUAACGACGAAGAAGGAACGUGAAAGAAUGGCUCAAGAAGUGGACUCGCAGACUCAAACGUCGAGCCCUGGUGCUGGGAACGAGGGUAGGGGCGGGGGUGGAUGGAGUGGCAAAGUAUCGGCUUUUCUACAUGUUCAUAGGGGUAGCCGAGCCAGUAGUCGCAAGUCCUCGAGGGCCAGCGACGCCAGCGAUUUCAGCGAGCUCGGUACAGCUUCGGCAUGGCUUUUUCCAAACUUACCUCUGCUGUUGCUCUCCGGCGCCACCGGUACUCACGAGGACCUGCCUCCUCCCGCUCUGACCGUAUCCCGUCCCUCGCCGACUGCAGAACAGCAAUCGUUUACCGGUUCCUCUGUUACUUCUGCCACUUCUUCUGAUCUACACACUAGAUCGUCAAUCGGGGGUCCGACACUCGGCCGACAAAAUGCCGUUGAAAGUUAUCCCGAUGAAGAAGUUCCCAGUCUUCCUACGAAGCGCAAGUCACUUCCGCCAAGCGCUACGACACUCUCUCUGAACACCUUGCAUCGUGAUAUCAAAGAAGCGUUUAGCAGACGUUGUGGUAGCCUCCGAAAGAAACAACAACCAACCCCUGAACCAGCUCCGCUGCCAAUCGAAUCUACCGAUGUAAGCAUACUCGUUACAGAACCCAGUCCAGAGAAUUCAGCACCGCCUUCGAGACCGGCGCUGCUCAGACGACAAUCCGCCGCCACGGUCGUUCAUGUCCUCGUUCACAGAGAGAGUGAAGAGUAUCGAGACACACAACCCGACAAUGCCAGUUGAUCUUAGAUCGUUAUGCCCGAGAUCCUUCCGAAAUCAGUUUAAACGAGAGGCUAGGCUGAAAGCCAUCGAUAUUUGCUUGUUAUCGCGUUACAGUGGCCCCCCCCCCCCCCGACAUAUUCGAGUCUCGUCCGAUUCCCUCUCCUCUCCCCCUUUCUUUAACGCUGUUGCCUUAUCAUCAUUACCAUCUGUAAUGUUCUUGCUGUUUCAUUGUAAUAAGUAUAUCUCAGAGAGAGAGAAGAAAUUUCAAUGAAAUUAUUUCCCAACAGUUUCAAUGGUAAUUAACUUUUAUCGAGAUAUUUAUUCCGGUAUAUUUAG